CCCGUGUGGUCUAGGAUGGACGUCAGGAGCCUCCCAGCCAUGGAGAGCCCUAGAGACCUCCACGUAUGGAUCGUUGAGAACCUGGAGAUGGUGCCUGUACCUGAGAGAGCUUAUGGGAACUUCUUUGAGGAACGCUGCUACAUCGUCCUCCAUGUCCCCCAGCGCCUGAAGGGCACGCAGGGGACAGCCACGGACCUGCACUACUGGAUCGGAAAGAAGGCCAGCGCAGAGGCCGAGGGCGCCGCGGGCACCUUUGUGCAGCACCUGCAGGAGGCACUGGGUGGCGCCACGGUGCAGCACCGCGAGGCACAGGGCCACGAAUCCGACUGUUUCCGCAGUUACUUCCGCCCAGGGGUCCUCUACAGGAAGGGAAGCCCCCCUUCUGACCUCACGCACAUGGAGACCAACAUGUUCAACAUCCAGAGGCUGCUGCGCAUCGAAGGGAGGAAGCAUGUGUCAGCCACCGAGGUGGAGCUCUCCUGGGAAAGUUUUAAUAAGGGCAACAUCUUCCUGCUGGACCUGGGCAAGGUGAUGAUCCUGUGGAAUGGGCCCAAGACCAGCAUCUCCGAGAAGGCACGGGGCCUGGCCCUGACCCGCAGCCUCCAGGACAGGGAGCGUGGUGGCCGUGCACAGAUUGGUGUGGUGGAUGACGAGGUCAAAGCCUCUGGCCUCAUGGCGAUCAUGGAAGCUGUGCUGGGCCGCAGGGUGGGCAGCCUGCACGCCACCAUGCCCAGCAAGGGUGUUGCCCAGCUGCAGAAGGCCCGUGUCCACCUCUACCUUGUCUAUGAGAAGGGUAAGGACCUGGUGAUCCAGGAGAUGGCGACCCGCCCACUGACCCAAGACCUGCUGCAGGAGGAGGACUGCUACAUCCUGGACCAGGGGGGUUUCAGGAUCUACGUGUGGCAGGGCCGCAAGUCUAACCACCAGGACAAAAAGGCCGCCUUCAGCUGGGCCCUGGGCUUCAUCCGGGCCAAGGGCUACCUGUCCCACACCAACGUGGAAGUGGUGAGUGACGGCACGGAGUCCGCCGCGUUCAAGCAGCUCUUCAAGUCCUGGUCCCAGGAGCCACGUGGGAAAAAGGACGACAGGAUCCGUGAGUGGGAGGGGCGGGACUGCAGGGUAAGGCUGGACAUGGGCAAGCUGCACCGCCAACCUGAGCUAGCUGCUCAGUUCAGGAUGGUGGACGACGGCUCCGGGAAGGUGGAGGUGUGGUGCAUCCAGGACUUAGGCCGGCAGCCCAUGGACCCCAAGCAUCAUGGACAAUUUUGUGCAAGCAACUGCUACCUUGCUCUCUACACAUACCAGAAGAUGAGUCGCAUCCAGUACAUCCUGUACCUAUGGCAGGGCCACCAGGCCACCACACACGAGAUAAAUGCCUUGAACAGCAAUGCCGAGGAUUUGGACCUUAUGUACCAUGGAGCCCUGGUGCAAGAGCGUGUGACCAUGGGCAGUGAGCCGCCCCACUUCCUCGCCAUCUUCCAGGGCCAGCUGGUGGUCUUCCAGGGGAGCGCUGGGCACAGUGGGACGGGGCAGCCAGCAUCUGCCACAAGGCUCUUCCACGUGCAAGGCACCGACAACUACAACACCAAGACCGUGGAGGUGCCAGCCUGGGCCUCAGCCCUCAACUCCAGUGACAUCUUCUUGCUGGUCACAGCCAGCAUCUGCUACCUCUGGUUUGGGAAGGGCUGCAGCGGUGAUCAGCGUGAGAUGGCGCGGGCAGUAGUCCCUGUCAUCUCCGAGAAGGACAAGGAAACUGUGCUGGAGGGUCAGGAGCCUCUCCACUUCUGGGAGGCGCUGGGGGGCCGGGCUCCCUACCCCAGCAACAGGAGCCUCCCUGAGGAUGUCUCCAGCUUCCAGCCACGACUGUUUGAGUGCUCCAGCCAGAAUGGCCACCUGGUCCUCACGGAAGUGGUGUUCUUUAGCCAAGAGGACCUGGACAAGUAUGAUGUCAUGUUACUGGACACCUGGCAGGAGAUCUUCCUGUGGCUCGGGGAGGCAGUCAGCGAGCAGAAGAAGGAGGCGGUGGCCUGGGGCCAGGAGUACCUGCUGACCCAUCCAGCGGGGAGGAGCCAGGCCACGCCCAUCGUGCUGAUCAGGCAGGGCUACGAGCCUCUCACUUUCACCGGAUGGUUCCUCGCCUGGGACCCCUACAAGUGGACUAACAACCAGCCCAAUAAGGAGGUGGUGCAGGGCAGCCGGGAAGUAAUCUCUGCCAUCUCUGAGAUAACAGCAGAAGUCAACAACUUCCAGCUGUCUAGUUGGCCAAGCAAUGGCAGGACAGGCCCCUUGGCCCUGCAGGCCCUCAAGGGCUCGCAGGACAGGUCAGAAAAUGGGCUGGAGCUGAGCCCCAAGGUGGGCGGCGGUGGUGGCGGUGGUGGCGGCGGCGGCGGCGGCAGCAGCAGCAGCAGCAGCAGCAGCAGCACCGGCAGCAGCAACAGCACCGGCAGCAGCAACAGCACCGGCAGCAGCAACUACCACAGCAGCCCCAGAUCCAUGAUCAACUGGGGCCUGUCCCGAGAACAGCUGAUGAACCAGGCUGCCCAGGACCUGCCAGAGGGCGUGGACCCAGCCCACAAGGAGUUCUAUCUCUCCGACUCUGACUUCCAAGACAUCUUUGGGAAGUCCAAGGAGGAAUUCUACAGCAUGGCCAAGUGGAAGCAGCAGCAGGAGAAAAAGCGGCUCGGCUUCUUCUGA